AUGUCCCUCUACUUCGAUGCAGUCGCAAUCCUGACCGCACCCUCGGCAGGAGGCUCCUUCAAGUCCCGCAUCUACAGCGCCCGCAAUCUCCGUGCCUCGCCCGCCCAAAUCUACGCCUUGAUCACCGAGGCCUCCAAAUGGGACCGCGUCCUGGCAGAUGUGAUUGAAAAAGCUGAUAUUCUCAGCGUGGAGCGCAAGUUAACUCCCCUCCUCGCUCUCCUCUUGGUCUAUGACCACCUCCUCUCGAAAAAGGGCAUUGCAGCGCCUGCAGCUCAUCCAAUUCGCCAGGCUGUUGAGCGGCAUAAAGUUCGUCUCAAGGCCGAAUUUACCAAAGCCCGUGUGCGACGUGGCUGUGCAACGGUUGAACAGCUCAAGGCUGCCGUGCUGAGAGAGAAGCGUGAGGCUGAUGGCACUUCUCAUUUCGUUUAUCCGCGCUGGGUGCGCGUGAACAAUAUUAGGAGUUCCCUGGAGGAACAGCUGCGUACUACGUUUGCAGACUACCAGCGUGUGGACUCGCUUGCUGCUCUCGCUCCGGAGGAGGACGAUCGUACUAAGCGGAAGUUGUUGUAUAUGGAUCCCAAUAUUCCUGAUCUCGUAGCGGUUCCCUACGGUGCGGAUUUCACGUCUUCGCCCGCAUACAAGAAUGGCGAGAUUAUCUUACAGGAUAAAGCGUCGUGUUUCCCUGCGUACCUCCUGCUAGGUGAUCGCGGGCCCAAGGAUGCCUGGCAAGGGGAUUUGGUGGAUGGUUGCGCUGCUCCGGGAAACAAGACUACACACAUGGCAUCGUUACUGGCCAAGCAGCAAAAGCAGAAGACGCCUCGGAAACAGAUAUUCUCUAUGGAUGCGUCUAAAGUGCGUUCCAAAACGCUGCAGAAGAUGGUGGGGCUAGCUGGCGCAGAUCCUAUGGUUACGGUUUUGCAGGGCCAGGACUUCCUAGCGCUGGAUCCGACAGAUGAACAGUUUGAGAAUGUAUCUGGUCUUCUACUUGACCCGAGUUGUUCGGGCAGUGGUAUCGUGGGUCGUGAUGAUGUUCCACAACUGACACUGCCCCAGCCUAAAGUGAUCAAAUCCUCCAAGCCCAACGGCAAGAAGAGGAAACGUGGCGCUGAAGACGGCGACGAGGCGGAUGAUUCGUCAUCAAACGUGACCAUGGGAGAACCCAGUGCCGCACCAUCCGAUGAGAAUGAUAUUCCAAGCGGCACAAUCGACAAUGAUCGUCUCACCAAGUUGUCGAAUCUGCAGGCCCGCAUCGUCGAGCAUGCAUUGAGUUUCCCCAAUGCAACCCACGUCACAUAUAGUACCUGCUCGAUUCAUCUGAUCGAGAACGAGGCCGUGGUGGCUCGCCUCUUGGCAUCGGACGUUGCCAAAGAGCGUGGUUGGCGACUUUUGCGACGCGACGAGCAACCUGAAGGCCUGCGCCGGUGGAAACACCGCGGCGUUCGGCGUGAUCGAGACAUGGAGACCGGUGUGGAGUCGGAAGAUUGCGAAUCGGUGGCAGCACUCUCCGUGGAAGACCUCGAGGCUUGUCUGCGUUGUUGGUCCGGCGAUGCAGAAGGGCUGGGAGGUUUCUUCGUCGCUGGCUUUGUACGUGACUCGGAAGGUGCUCGCACAGAACCUGCCAAAAAGAAGUCCGACGAUGAUGUGGCAGAUGAUAACGCUCAAGGCGACGCCACUGAUGACAGCGACGAGGAUGAAGAGUGGGAUGGCUUCUCCGAUUAG